AAAAUGCACAAUGUGAUCACUAUCUUCUGAGUUGUGAGUGAGACAGAAAGGAGAAAACAGCUGACUGGAGAACAGAGUGGUGUUCAGCUUCGUCUCCACGAUCAUUUCUCUCAUCCUUCUUCUAAUCCCAAUUCCCAACACACGCUUCUCUGUAAUCGGGGGUUUGGAAUUUCGCAGAGGCUUAUAUGAUGAUGGCAAAUAACUUUGCGGGCCGGUUGGUAGGCUCAGAGAUUCAUGGAUUCCACACAUUGCAAGACUUGGAUUUGGGGAACAUAAUGGAGGAAGCAAGAACCAGAUGGCUUCGUCCCAAUGAGAUUCACGCCAUACUUUGCAAUUCCAAGUACUUCACAAUCAAUGUCAAGCCAGUGAAUUUGCCCACAUGUGGUACUAUUGUAUUAUUUGACCGCAAGAUGCUUAGGAACUUUCGGAAAGAUGGGCACAACUGGAAAAAGAAAAAGGAUGGUAAAACUGUUAAAGAAGCUCAUGAGCACUUAAAGGUUGGUAAUGAAGAAAGGAUCCAUGUCUAUUAUGCACAUGGACAAGAUAACCCAGGCUUUGUUCGUAGAUGUUAUUGGUUACUUGACAAGAGUUUGGAACACAUAGUCCUUGUUCAUUAUCGUGAAACACAGGAGUUGCAAGCUUCUCCUGCCGCACCCAUAAAUUCGCACUCUAGUUCUGGCUCUGACCCAAAUGCCCCAUGGAUUUUAUCCGAAGAAAUAGAUUCCGGGAUCAAAACUACAAAUGCUGGUGAGAUUAAUAACAAUAUAACCGUCAAGAGUCACGAGCAAAGGCUUCAUGAGAUUAAUACACUUGAAUGGGAUGACCUAGUGGUUGCAAAUGAUCCUAACACCUCGACUAUUAAUGGAGGAGGCAAAGUUCCACAUUUUGAUCAACAGAAUCAAAGUAAUCUCAGCAAUUGGUUUUAUCAGCAGGUAGCCAACAAUCUUUCUGCAGAAAUCCCUUCUUUUGAUAAUCUAACGCAACCAAUUGCUGGGAGUCACACUUUUCCGGAGAAUCUUAAUCUUCAGACAGACAAUCAAAUGAAUCCAAAUGAGCAGAUAAAUCAUAAUGUCUUAGUUAAUGGUGUUUUCUUGGACACUUUGGGCAAUGGUGGAUUGCAAAGUCAGGAUAGCUUUGGAAUGUGGGUGAACCAUAUGUUGUCGGAUUCGCCAUGUUCAGUAGAUGAGUCAGCUGUUGAAUCAUCAGUGUCAUCCAUUCACGAAUCAUAUUCAUCUCUAGUAGGGGAUGAUAAGCAAACUUCUUUGCCAGAACAAGUAUUUAAUCUCACUGAUGUGUCACCUGCAUGGGUGCCUUCUACUGAGAAAUCAAAGAUCCUCGUGACUGGAUUCUUUCAUAAGGAUGCUGACCUUUCAAAGUCCAAUCUAUUGUGUGUCUGUGGUGAUGUAAGUGUUCCUGUAGAAUGUGUUCAGGUUGGGGUCUACCGAUGUUGGGUACCUCCACAUUCUCCUGGAUUUGUGAAUCUCUACUUGAGCUUUGAUGGCCAUAAACCUAUCAGCCAAGUUGUUAAUUUUGAGUAUCGUACUCCCAUUCUGCAUGAUCCUGCGGCUUUUAUGGAAAACAAUGACAACUGGGACAAGUUCCAAUUCGAGAUGAGGCUUUCUUAUCUGCUUUUUACCAAAAAGAAUAGUCUUGAUGUCUUCUCUUGUACAGUAUCACCUAAGAGACUAAAGGAGGCGAGAAACUUUGCCAUCAGAACGUCGUUUAUUUCCAAUAGUUGGCAAUGCUUGAUGAAGUCAACUCAAUACAACAGAAUUCCAUAUUCACAAGCAAAAGAAGACCUAUUUGGAAUUUCUUUAAGAAGCAGACUAAAGGAAUGGAUUUUGGAAAGAAUUAUUUUAGGCUGUAAGACUACUGAAUAUGAUGCACAAGGCCAAAGUGUAAUCCAUUUGUGCGCGAUUCUGGAUUAUACUUGGGCUGUUUCCCUAUUUUCAUGGUCAGGCUUGUCACUGGAUUUCCGUGACAAGUUUGGGUGGACAGCUCUUCAUUGGGCAGCAUAUUAUGGAAGGGAGAAAAUGGUUGCAACUCUUUUGUCGGCUGGGGCAAAGCCAAAUUUGGUUACAGAUCCAACUCCACAAAAUCCUGGUGGACAAACUGCUGCUGAUCUCGCAUAUAUGAACGGUUAUGAUGGCUUAGCAGCUUAUCUUUCAGAAAAGGCUCUGGUGAGGCAGUUCAAUGACAUGAGCUUAGCUGGAAAUAUCAGUGGCCAGCUAGAAACCAACACAACUGACCCAGAAGAUCCUGAGAACCUUUCAGAGGACCAGCUGUACCUGAAGGAUACAUUGGCAGCUUAUCGAACAGCUGCUCAGGCAGCAGCACGCAUACAAGCUGCAUUUAGAGAGCAUUCCCUAAAACUGCAAACUGAAACCAUUGAGCUUUUGACACCAGAGGCUGAAGCACGCAAAAUAGUUGCAGCAAUGAAGAUUCAGCACGCCUUUAGGAAUUUCGAGUCGAGGAAAAUGAUGAAAGCUGCUGCUCGCAUUCAGUACACAUACCGCACAUGGAAGAUUCGCAGAGAAUUCCUCAACAUGCGUCAUCAGGCUAUUAAAAUUCAAGCUGCUUUCCGGUGCUUUCAAUUGAGGAAGCAUUAUCGUAAAAUUUUGUGGUCUGUCGGGGUGGUCGAGAAAGCACUAUUGCGUUGGCGUUUAAAGAGAAAAGGUUUGCGUGGGCUGCAUGUUAACAAUGCCGAUCAGAAGCAGGAAGGUGAUGGAGAGGAGGAAUUCUUUCGAAUUGGUAGGAAGCAAGCUGAAGAGCGUGUCGAGAGAUCUGUAGUGCGUGUGCAGGCCAUGUUCCGUUCAAAGAAGGCACAACAAGAUUAUAGGAGGAUGAAGCUGGCCCUUAAUCAAGCAAAU